AAACGUCAAUUGUUUGUGUAAAAAGGAGCUUCCCCUGUUCAGCGUCGCAAUGAACUCCCGUAUGAGCUCUUUAGUGGAGGGCUUUAGCGCAGAUCCAGGGUGACGGAACCGUGCAUCGUCAGAUCUACCCCCCUGAUCUACAGGGUAGUUUGGCUGUACACAAUUGCUUGGUAUUUGACCCCGCGAGCUCCUUUUUCAGCUUCAAUCAAGAACAAUUAUGAUGUUGUCGUAAAGAGAAUAUGAUGAAUAUUAGAAGUUUACAGUUACUACUAUCCCUAUUAGUAGGCUCUACAGUAGUAGCCUGGGAACAUAUCGAUGAAGAUGCAUUUCGUCGAGCUAUAGCAGGUCAUAACUAUGCUCUAGUUGCGUUUAUAGAACCCUCAACCGCUGCCAGCCAAGCUUUAGAGCCAGAAUGGACGUCUGCGUUAGAAAAAGAGAAGAAAGGUCUAAUAAGCAUUGAUUGCUCUUCGGCGCCUAGUUUAUGUCGCGAAUUCGAUGUCAUCUCAUGCCCAGCGCUACGCUUUUUUGACGGGCAUGGCAACACAGCGCCAUAUAGGGGGCCUAGGAGGACCUCUUCAAUUCUCGCAUAUCUAAAGAGGGCAAUUCGUCCAAUUAUCACUAGCCUAGACUCAGAUGCCAAGAUUUCGGCCUUCCAGUCAAGCGAUGAUUAUACCGCUAUCGCUCAAAUCAAUCCGCAGGACUCUCAUGUCAAGACUGCAUACGAGACACUCGCGUCACAAUACCGCGACCGGGUAUCCUUCGGUUUAGUGGAGGUGACCGACAUACCAACAGCUGUCGGGUGCUACAACAACUGCGACAGCUUACAAUUCACUAUUUCAGACUUCACGAGUAUUGAUGCCUUGCCUAAACUCAUCGAAAAUUGUCUGGAGCCCGUUAUUGGGGAAUUCACCCGGGCGAGUGAAGUCAAGUAUCUUCAGUCUGGAAAGUCGCUAGUCUUCUACUUUACCACAUCACCCAAGGAUCGCGAUGCUUACGUAGACACCAUGCGAUCAGUAGCAAAGAUGUACAAGGAGUACCUAAGCUUUGUAACAGUGGACGCGAACGAGUAUGGCGAUCUUACGGCACCAUUAGGCCUAGCACCUGCCACUUUACCCAGGCUUUCCGUCCAGAACCCUAUGUUCGGGCAGGUAUUUCCCUACCCACGAAGUCGCAAGAUCACGCCCGAAGCUGUGGGUGGUUUCUUAAUGGAUAUUGUGCAAGGCAAACAGAAGCCUUGGGAUGGUACGUUUACUGCGGAUGAAGCGGGUGGUCACGCACGAGAUGAAUUGUGAAUGAGGAUGUCAGACUAGCACAGCGAAUGAAGCGAUAGGAUAACCAAAAUGAUGAUAUUGUAUUUCAUUUCGUAUAUUUGAUAUUCCAAUGAUUCAGAUUCCCUCAAGCCUC